UGGGAACCCCCUGGAGCGGGGCCUCGGGGAAGAGCCAGGGGGAUGAAGGACCUGCGAGCCUGGCUCCUGUGCCUGCUGCUGCUGGGGCUGGCCCUGCGGGGGGCUGCGAGCCGAGCCCACCAGCACUCCAUGGGGAUGCACACCCCGGACAUUGAUCCUGCCUGGUACACGGGCCGCAGAAUCAGACCCGUGGGACGCUUUGGCCGGAGACUGGCCCUGAGGAAUGUCCCAAAGCUCCAGUUGGCCUGGUCGGCUUCCCCCUGGAAGGCGGCACUGAGCCCUUCCAGGGUGGGUGACAGCCCAGUGCCCGGGGAGUGACUCCAGCAGCCUUCCCCCAAGCCCCACCCUCUCCACCAGAGGCAACUUUCCCUUCAGUCCUAA